UUAUCAGUUUGCUGCGAAGCAUCCUCGUAGAUUCACGAAUCUUUCGUAACAAGGCUCUUCCAGAUUGUGAAAUACUUGUCGUGUCCGUGUGUAGUUAUCAAACUUUUAAACCAGUUUGUCAAGCCUACACUCGCUACCAGUAUGGCAACCAUAGCCCCAAUUACGAAGAUUUCUCCCAGGUUGAUUCGCGUUCUGGGCUGUAAUCCGGGACCUAUGACCCUGCAGGGUACCAACACCUACAUCAUCGGCACCGGAAAACGACGCAUUCUUUUGGACGCCAGCGACGAGAAUGUCCCCGAAUACAUUGGACACCUGAAGAAGGUGAUAUCCGAUGAGCGCAUUUUGAUAAAUGAUAUCAUCGUGUCCCAUUGGCACCACGAUCACAUCGGAGGUGUGGAUGAGGUUCUAGAUGUAAUCGAGAAUAAAGAUUCUUGUAAGGUUUGGAAGUAUCCCAGAUCGGAUGCCCCAGAAACGACCUUACGAAAUGCAAACAUUCACCAUCUAGAGCAUGGGCAAAAGUUCAGUAUCGAAGGAGCUACACUGGAAGUGAUUCACACCCCUGGCCAUACCACGGAUCAUGUUGUACUGGUAUUGCAUGAAGACAACUCGCUCUUCAGCGCGGACUGUAUCCUAGGCGAAGGAACCACGGUCUUCGAGGAUCUGUACGAGUACAUGAAGAGCUUGCAAGUGAUUCAGGAUGCGAAACCGUCGGUCAUCUAUCCUGGUCAUGGAAACAUUAUUCUGGAUCCGGUGGAGCGCAUCGCCCAGUACAUCAGUCAUCGCAACCAGCGAGAGGCGCAAAUCAUGGCGGUAUUUCAGCAACAGCCCACCACUUUGUUCGAUGAGAUGGACCUCGUUAGGGAGAUCUACAAGGACACCCCGGAACACCUGUGGAAAGCAGCGGCCUACAAUGUUAGCCAUCAUUUGCAAAAGUUGCACAAGGAAAAGAGAAUCAGCCUCGAUGGAGACCGAUGGAAGCUGGUGCCGCAGGCGUCGCUUUAAUGUUGAGUUGUCUUCAACUAAUUAAGAGGGUGAUGGAUUGAUAUUUGUAGGAAGUAGGUAACUGAAUGAUAGGAAAUAAAAAUUUAAAAUUGA